UACCCAAAUCGCCGCCACUUCAACCGCGUCAACGUUUUCCGUCGUCUUUUCCAAUAUAAGCAGAAUAAAUAAUAUUAAAAUAAAAAAAAACACUAAAUAUAUAAAUAAAGGAAAAACGCAGCAAACAUUUCGCCACACACACUUUUGUCUGUGCGGCGAAUUCGGUAGCCACUUGUUGAAUUUGUUGUUAUUCGUUUUUCGGCUGUUUCGCUUUGAAGUCCAAUGUCGUCGCCGCAGCGUGAGCGUGGAUAAGUAACGGCAGUGCGACGCUAGAGAGGAGCAGAACUGGCAUGCAGCUGGCUGGCUGGCCGGCUGGCUGCUCUCACGCCUCCAUCUCCAACUCUGACUGCUGUUUAAGCUACAACAAUUCCAGCUUCAGCUACGAUUCCGUUUCCAAAUCCAAUUCAAAUUCCAAUUUCCAUUCCACAACGACGCAUCACGACCAGGGCUACAUCUUCGACAACAAUUCCAACCGCACAUCCUGAUCUCUUGAUACAACAUCAAAAUGGACGCCGAGAUAUGCAAUCCGCAAUUAUGUCGCAUUUGCAUUACAUCGCACACAAACUCCAUGCAAAUGAUUUCCAUAUUCGGCGAGGAUUCCCUUUGGCAAAAGAUCACAACAUUGGCUGAUGUUAAGAUCUCCAAGAAUGACACCUUGCCGCAGCAGGUGUGUGUGAGCUGUGCCAAGACGGCGAUCUCGGCGUGCCUGUUCAAGAAGAAGUGUGAGGAUGCCGACAACUUCUAUCGUCAGCAGCUGCUGAUCAAGAAGAUCGAGGGGCAUACGGGCGAGCCGAGGGGCGAGGUGGAGGCAACUGUCGCUGACGGCGCUGCUGCUGCUGGCGGGCAGGCGAAGAGUAACAGCAACAGCAACAGUCACAGCCAUAGCAACAGCCACAGCAACAGCCACAGCAACAGCAGCAGCGGCAGCAACAGCGGCAGCAGCAGCGGUAGCAGCAGCAGCAGCAGCAGCAACAGCAGCUCCGACGAUGAUGACGAGGAGGAGGAGGAGGAGGAUAAUGGCAACGAAGAGGAUGAGGAGGGCGGAGCGAGUGCUCUCACCGAGAAUGUUGCUGGCAAUGCGAGCACACAGAACGGGCACGCCCAGAGCAAUGGUCAUCAGAUGGAGCAGCAGCUAUCCGAGGCGCACGAACUGGAGCUGGAGCAGGAGCAGGAGCGGGAGCACGAGCAACAGCAGCAGUUGCAGCAGGAGCAGGAGCAUGGCGAAGAGCUGGAUCAGCAUCUGCAGCUGGAUGAACAGGACGAGCCAUUGCCGCUGUCAUCGCACGAGGACAACGAAAUGCCCGAGCAAUUGCCCUUCAAUUCGAUACGCCUGAUGCAGGAGUAUAUGCAGCGUAGCAUGAAUAAGUUCCCCAAUGGCAAUGGCCAUCAUCAUCUGGCCGCCGCGGACGAUGGCGACGUGGAGGAGGAUGACGAGGAUGAUGAGGCGAUGUCGCUGCCAUUGAUACCAGAAAUCGAACUAAUCACACCCUCCGAUCCAGAUCCAACAAUGCUAACGGGCAGCGACAACGAUGCAGCAGCUGGUCUGCUCAAUGGAGGUGUCGCCUCUGCUGCUGCCGCUGCGGCCGCCGCUGCUGCCGCUGCCGCCUCUGGCGAUGGCGGUGUUCAUGCAGCAGCCGCUGCUGCGGCCGUUGCGGCGGCUGCUGCCGCUGCCGCGGCCGCUGGCGGCGGUCAAGGCUUCCAGUGUCCGCACUGCUACCACAGCUUCGAGAUGAAGCAGAUACUCAAGGCGCACAUGCAGAGCGUGCACGGCACACCGGGACCCGUCUACGAGUGCACCAACUGCCGCAAGACCUAUUUCUACAAGCGUUUCCUCGAGAAGCACAUACGUCGCGGCCGUUGCGUCAAGAAGCGACGCAAUCAGACUCGGCCCAUGGAGUGCUCCGAUUGCCAUGUGCUCUUUCCCACCGGCCAUCAUCUGGGCUGGCACAAGCGCACCGGCUGUCCCUCCAAGGCGGCCAAGAUGCCCUUGCAGCAGCUGUUCAAGCAGAACAUUGUGCAGUUCAAUAACUUUACGAAGCGCGUGGCGCCACGCAAGCCGCCGCCGCCGCCAGAUGCGGCUGCACUGCAUCUCAAUAAUCGCAAGCUGGGCAUGACCAACAAGCGCAAGGGACGCACUCGCAUCAAGCUGGACGCCAAGAAGAUCGCCCUGGCCAAGCAGUUGAUCCUGCGCGAGGCCACCACCACGGUGAUCGCCAAUGAGCUCAACAUUUCGCGCACCUUCGCCUGGCGUCUGCGCAAGAGUCUGGUGAAUGGCGUCAGUCUGCAUGAGCGGGUCGUGGACCCGGCCAGCGAGGAGCAGCAGCAACAGCAGCAGCAGCAGCAGCAGCAGCAACAACAACAGCAGCAGCACCAACAGUUGCAGCUGCAGCAGCAAUUGCAACAACAGCAGCAUUUAGAGCAACAGCAACAGCAGCUGGAGCACGAGCGUCAGCAGCUGGCCUUGCCCUACAGCCACCUUGGCCUGGGCCUCAUCAAGGAGGAGCAACUGGACAGCGAUGAUGAGCAGCAGCAGCAGCAGCAGCACCACCACUCUGCACUCCACAUGGACGAUGAGCUGGCUGCCCAUGGCAAUGGCGACGAUGGCGAUGGCCUUGUCGACGAUGGCGACGAUGAUGGCCUUGGCGACAUUGGCGCCGAGGAAACGGCCGGCUAUGCCGAUGGCGAGGACGAUGUCUGCGGACUGCUCCAGCACAAUGGCUACGACAUGCGCGGCCAGCUGGAGGAGCACAGCCCAAUGGACGAGGCUGGCGACAUGGACCACGAGCAGCUUGGCAAGCGUGGCGUUUCGGUUUCCCCAAGCGGCAUGCUGCCGGCACGCGCCGACGUUGAGGCCUAUCAGCGCCUAUUGGCGGGUUCGCAUCGCUUUCCGCAUAUUGUAAACGCACAGCAAUUGCAGCUGCAGCAGCAGCAGCAGCAGCAGCAGCAGCAACAACAACAGCAGCAGCAACAACAGCAGCAGCAACAGCAGCAGCAAAAGCAGCAGAAGGUCGCACACAAUGGAACGAUGCCCAUGUUGACGCGCUAUCCGCCCACUGUCGUCGCGCCCAAUCACGCUUUGCCCGUCAACCUGUCCCUACGCUCCAUCAACAGCAACGAGAGUAAUGGCAGCUCUGGCAGCAAUAUAGCGCCACCUGUUCCGCAUUCGCAUCAUCAUCAGCAGCAGCAGCAGCACCACCAGCAACAGCAGCACCAGCAACAGCACCACCAGCAACAGCAACAGCAACAGGUGGUUCAUCAGCCUGGCAAGAAGCCGCGCAAGCCGAACGUCUUCAUCGACGACGAGAAGUAUGCAAUGGCCAAGCUGCUGGUGGCCCAGAAUGCAUCCACCAUGGAGAUAGCGCGUGCCCUGAACGUCUCCCAGAUGACGGCCUGGAAGGUGCGCGAUGCCAUAUUGAAGGGGGUGCCGCUCUCGUAUCGCAACAAGCGCAGCGAGGGGCGUGACGAGGCGGCCGCACUGGCUGCCAAGGAGCAACAGCAGCAGCAACAGCAGCAGCAGCAGCAGCAGCAGCAGCAGCAACAACAGGAGCAACAGCAACGCCACCAGCAGGAGCUGCAGCGCCAGCAACAAUUGCAGGAAUUGCAGCAGCAGCAAAUGGAGCUGAUCAACAAGCAGCAGCAGCAGCAGCAAAAACAACAGCAACGCCAGCAGCAGCAGGAAUUGUUGCUGCAACAGCAGCAGCAACAACAGCUGCAUCACCACACACCAGCGGAAACAUCACAUUACCAACAACAACAACAACAACAGCAGCAGCAGCAACAACAGCAAUCGGCUUCCAUGAAUGGCGGCAAAAUGUUGCACACGCGUCGCCGCUUGAAGGCCGCCGAGCGGGAGCUGCGCGACAAGGAGAUCACACGUGAGAUACUCGAACUGAUCAAGGAGGACAGCAAUAUACAAUACUGGAAGGUGUCCGCCCGGCUCGCCGAGAAGGGCAUCAAUAUAUCGCCGUCGUCCGUCUGUCAGAAGCUCAAGUCGAUGGGCAUCCAUCGUCGCUGGAAGCCCGGCGAUAAGCCGCCAAUGCUGGCGAUUAGUCAACUGAAGGCGGCCACUGUGGCGGCAGCGGCGGCCACACUGGCGGCGAAUGGGGCGAACUUUGGUCUGCCCAAUGGGGUGAAUGUGCCGGGAGUGGGGGGCAUGGUCGACGAUGUGUUUGAGCAGCAGCAGUUCGAUAUGGGUGGGCCACAUUUUCUCAGUGCCUUUACGCGCUAGAUGCCGGUCAUCGAUAGUCGAUAAAUCAGACGGGCACUGUUGAGCUGGGGCGAUAACGAUAACGAUAACAGUGAACUUUCAAACGUUAGUUAAUAACCCAUUGAACAACAUAAAAACCAAAUUAAGUAAAAAAAAAAUUUAUAAAAUAUUAAAAUAUGAAAUAUAAAAUAUCGAUAACAAUAGCGCUGACAAUGACAUACAGACGCCCACAGUGGCAUAGACAUUCCUAUUAUGCUAUUCGAUGUCGAUUGAUUGACAAUACAAUAACCAAUAACAAAUGACCAAUUUUCGAGCGUGAUAUCGAUAACGAUAUCAGGUGAUCGCAAGCAAAACAUUUUCAAUGCGAGUACAUGGAAUCGUAGCGGCUGCAUAGCGCGAAUCGAUAAUAUCACUGAUGACUGCAGUCUUUGUUAAUACUAUCGAUAACGAUAACGAUAACGAUGACGAUAACGUUAUGAAUGUUGUCAGUUUCUGUGAUGUUAACAUUGAGUGUAACAAUUAUGCAGCUAAUAUCAACGACGAUAACACAUUAACGAUAGCGCUGACAGUGACAUUAACGAUAACUUUAACGAUAACGAUAAUGUUAACUUGAACGUUAUAUGAUUACGACGACAAAUGCCUCCCGGUCCCGCCCAAUGCACUAUCCCUAACUAUUUAAGUAUUACACACA